AUGAGGACUUCGUGGCUCGCCGCCUUGGCAUCCUGCGGCAGCGCCCUGCUCGGCCUCGCAUCCAGUGUCACCGCAGACAAGCCCAAGGUUCCGCUCUCGGCGUCGAGCCGCUGGAUCGUCGACGCGGCCGGCCAGCGCGUCAAGCUGCGCUGCAUCAACUGGGCCGGCCACCUCGAGGCCAACAUCCCCGAGGGCCUGCACCGCCAGACGGUCGAGCAUGUCGCCGACUGGAUCGCCGCCCAGGGCUUCAACUGCGUGCGCCUUACUUACUCCAUCGACAUGGCGCGCAACCCCUCCGUCCGCGUCGAGGACUCGUUCCGCGCGGCCGCGGUGGCGUCGGGCGCCGAUGAGGCUACCCUGAUGAAGCUCUAUGCGGCGGCAAGCGAGCGCAACCCCUUCCUGACAACGGCUACGGUUCUUGAUGUCUUCGACCACGUGCAGGCCGCCCUGUGGGACCGCGGUGUCAUGACCGUCCUCGACAACCAUGUCAGCAAGGCGAGCUGGUGUUGCGACCUGGGCGAUGGGAACGGCUGGUGGAAGGACGCAAAGUUCUACAUGAAAGAGACGAGCCGCUACUUUGACACGACGCAGUGGCAUGAGGGCCUGACUGCCAUGGCCACCUGGUCGCGCUCCCGCCCGGGCGUCAUCGGCCUCUCGCUGCGCAACGAGCUGCGCGCCAGCGUCCUGCAGAUCCCCUUUGCGCCGAAGACCUGGCUCGACUACAUGCCGACCGCCGCGCGGCUUGUCCACGCCGCGGCCCCGGACGCGCUCGUCAUCACCGGCGGGAUCAACGGCGGCACGGACCUCUCCCCCCUGAGAACCGUAGGCGUCAUGGACACGGACGGCUGGGUUUCCAAGCGUGUCUGGGAGGCCCACGCCUACAGCUUCACCAUCACGACACCCAGCUUCGGAAUCUGCUCGCUCCUGAAGACCGAGUACGGAGGGCUUUUCGGCUUCGUCCUCGAGCAGGGCAAGGGGGCUCUCACAGGCCCGCUCUUCUUGUCUGAGUUUGGCGUCGGUAUGACGGGUGGGCCUCAUGACGGGCUCAGCGACGACGACUACAAGUACCUGACCUGUCUCGUGGAGUACAUGGAGAGCAACGACGCCGACUGGGCGCUCUGGGCCAUUCAGGGCUCCUACUACGUCCGUGGUGGCACUGUUGACUUCAAUGAGACGUGGGGGGCCCUCGACUACUCUUGGCAAGAUUGGCGGAAUCCCGCUUUCAAGUCUAUGCUGGGUAAAAUGCUAGACGUUACCCAGGGACCAUGA